AUGACUCGCGGUCGGGCCUGGCGCCCGGCCACAGGCCUGCGGCCUCGCUGCCGCCAAGUAUCUUUAGCAGGAGCCUUGGGACCGCGGGCCCCCCGCCGCCUCCCCCAGCCCCGCCCUGCCGGCUCACACCCCGAGGCCGGCCGAGCCUCACCCUUCGAGCGCGCGAGGAGGGCCUGGCUCCAUCGCCCCCCACCCCACGUGUCCUCUGACAGUAAUCAUGACAGCGCAAUCACAGCUUCCGCUGCCUGGACGGGGCGCUUCGUCCCCCGGAUCUGGUUGCAUUUACACGGAAGCCGCGGAGAAAGGAAGGCUGCGGAGGGCAAGGUCAGCGGGGGCGUCCGGGGCUCUGGGCACACCAGAGACUCACACCAUCGGGCGGGAAGGGCCCCUGUGCCCGAGGAAGAGAAGAUAGGGCCGGGGCAGUGA